AUGCCGGAUCCUUUAUCUCUUCCUGAGUUGCUUCACCUUCCCAAGGAGAAGGUUGAGGGCUACAUCCUGCAGCUUCCAGCUUCUGAACUUUCGGCCCUCCGCGAACACCUUGAGUCGUUUAUCCGAAACUCCUCUGCAGGUAUAUUGGAGCAGCUAUCCCAUAACACUUUGCAAAGCGAGAAAUGUUCAUCAGGUCCACUUCCCUUUAAAGGCGCUGAAGCAAGUAGUGCAGUCAGCGCUCUUGGAAGAGAUUCUUCUCUUGAAGAUGCCAAGCAAAUUCUUUUAGAGGCCCAGGCAAGCAUUACAGAGAGUCUCGAGAAGCUGCAUUCUGCUGCACAAGAAGAGCAUAUUCUUGGCCAAAUAGAGGACUCUCUUCGUACUACCCUUAGGCUAAUCGAUCAUCUUGACGAGACCUGUUUUUCCAAACCAACAGAUUGCGACGCCUUGGCAGGACUACUUUCUCAAUCUCUUCAAAUCCGUACAACAAUCUCUCACAUCAAUCCUCCUUCUUGUUGUACUGCUAUUUCUUCACGUCUAAAGCACGCAAUGGACAUUCUAUGCAGCACGAUUUUAUCCCAUGUGGAAACUAUAUAUCUAUCUAAUCUUGUUUGUCUUGAGUCUCCCCAGGUACAGAAACUUUAUAGCAUCCUGCUAGAUUACAGUGAGAUGCCCGCCAUUGUCUGUAAAAACUUUACCACUCCUCUUUUGCACAAAUUGAGUGACUACACUCCAUUGCAGAUCCUCGAAAACGUCGCCGUGCUCGUCUCUCGACUAAAGAAAAGAGAUAGUAAUUCAUGGCUUGCACUUCUUUAUCAAAAGCUUAAGGUAGAAUCUGGGUCUGCAGCAUAUUCUAAUACUUUUCACCAGUGUCUUACCGUCCCCUUGAUGAACUUUCUCCAGAGUUACUCUAGGUCUAGUAUUGCAACACUGUCUUAUUCUCAGGCACUUCACUACUUACAAGGACUAUAUAAAAUCUACUCAAAUGCAUCGGUAGAUCCUUGGCCAGGUUUAAAGGAUGCCUUGCUUUUGGAGACUAAGAUUAUGAACGAUAUCGAGGACUCCUUUAAAAUAGUUAUCUUGGUGUUAAAGAAUCGAGAUAUGAAGCAAGCGAGCUUAAACACUACCAUAUCAGAAUUCUCUGAUAACCUCUGCCAGACGCUUAACCUGUUUCUUCGUCCACCAGCAGAGGUCCUCUCCAAAGACCUAGAAACUCCCUGUGGUUACUUUGUUCCUGCUCUUGUUGACAAGGUACUGACUAGCCUUUCCUCCGCCCUUCACCAACUGGCCAUGCAGCUGCUAAUAUACAAAAACGAGAAGUUCUAUAACUCACUGAUUGGAAAAUUACAUACAUCUUUGACAGAUUAUGUUCAAACCAUGUCAAUGGUAUCGGGACUCCUAGAGUUCACGGACGCGCUUCCAGUCUUGGGAGGCCCACAAAGCGUUCCCCAGAUUCAGGACCUAUAUUUUUCAACCUUAAAGGAGUACCUGGGAAUUUUUAUUGGUUGGCUCCGUGCCGAGCUUUCCCUGCGCUAA